GCGGGCGCAGCUGGUCCCGUUGUGCUGCGGCUCCGCGCGGCCUGCAGUCCCGGGCCCGCGCUCCGCCCGCCCGCCCGCCCGCCUGCCAUGGAGCCUGGCCCCGACGGCCCCGCCGCCUCCGGCUCCGCUGCCAUCCGCGAGGGAUGGUUCCGCGAGACCUGCAGCCUGUGGCCCGGCCAGGCCUUGUCGCUGCAGGUGGAGCAGCUGCUGCACCACCAGCGCUCGCGGUACCAGGACAUCCUUGUCUUCCGCAGUAAGACCUACGGCAACGUGCUGGUGUUGGAUGGCGUCAUUCAGUGCACGGAGAGGGACGAGUUCUCCUACCAGGAGAUGAUAGCCAACCUGCCGCUCUGCAGCCACCCCAGCCCGCGAAAGGUGCUGAUCAUCGGGGGCGGGGACGGGGGCGUCCUGCGGGAGGUGGUGAAGCACCCGUCUGUGGAGUCCGUGGUCCAGUGCGAGAUCGACGAGGAUGUCAUCCAAGUCUCUAAGAAGUUCCUGCCAGGGAUGGCCGUUGGCUAUUCUAGCCCAAAGCUGACCCUACACGUGGGUGACGGUUUUGAGUUCAUGAAACAGAACCAGGAUGCCUUUGACGUUAUCAUCACUGACUCCUCAGACCCCAUGGGCCCUGCUGAGAGCCUCUUCAAGGAAUCUUAUUACCAGCUCAUGAAGACGGCCCUCAAGGAGGACGGCAUUCUCUGCUGCCAGGGCGAGUGCCAGUGGCUGCACCUGGACCUCAUCAAGGAAAUGCGGCAGUUCUGCAAGUCCCUCUUCCCCGUGGUGGACUAUGCCUACUGCACCAUCCCCACCUACCCCAGCGGCCAGAUCGGCUUCAUGCUCUGCAGCAAAAACCCCAGCACCCACUUCCGGGAGCCUGUGCGGCAGCUGGCACAGAAGCAGGUGGAGCAGAUGCAGCUGCAAUACUACAACUCGGACGUGCACCGCGCCGCCUUCGUGCUGCCCGAGUUUGCGCGCAGGGCCCUGAAUGAUGUGAGCUGAGUCCAGGUGCCACUGCUGACACCACCCAGGACCUCGGGCCAAGGAGCCUCUGGCGUGCCUGGGCCCCACCAGCCCCGGACCAGACCUCCUGCCGGCUCUCGCCCACCGACCAAGUGUUACAGGCCCAGAAUGCUGCCCAGCCUGCCCUGCUGGGCGGACUGUCUGUGCGAUGUGUCUUUCUGUGUGGCUUUCAGCCUCCAAGCCUAUACCAGCUGUGUACAGCGCCAUCUCUGCCUUCUGUCGCCCCCUCAUUCACCAAACACAUGUAUUUAUAACAAAGUCUGGAAUCACAUCCCUGA